UCUUUCUUUCAGCAAUCCACUCUCUGCCUCUCUCGUAGACUCCAUCUCUCUUUCUUCAUCCAAACCCACAAUUUCAGAGUGAGAGAAUCUGAGCUGGGAUUGGGUUCUGAAGGUGCCAUCUCUGAUCUCUCUCUUUAGUCUCGGUUUUUGCUUUGUUUCUUCUUCUUCUUUUGAUUCAGUUUGAUUCUGGGUCUGUGUUGGUGGUCAAUUCUGGUGAAAAUUUUUAGUCUUUUUUUUGUUUUUGUUGGAGGGUAAUGUUAUUGGUGAACUGGGUUUGAUGGGAUGUGGAUUGUUGUUGUUUUGCUUGGGUUUAAUUUAUUGUUUUCGGGUUUGAAUUAGGGAAAUCUUGUGGCAUCGUUUUUCUCUCUUAUUUUCCCGAUUUCAAUCUAUAUAAUGCUUCUGUCUAAGAUUUCGAUUUAGAGAGAGAGGUGGGUUUUGUUAUGCUGUAGAGCUUUGAGACUUCUGUUGAUUGAGUCCUUGAUUGAUAAGGUGGAUUUGUCGGAGUCCGAAGCCGAAGCUUCAUUGGAGUUCUUGCUGAGUGAUGCUAAUGAGGCUUUGAUUAGCGCCUUUCUUGUGUUGUUGAGAGCCAAAGGAGAGACUUUUGAAGAAGAAAACUGAAGUUUGCUGUCGCAUUAAAAAAAAAAAAAAAAAUCUGUUAACGGGUUUUUAACGGGUUCCAACGGAUAACCCGCAAACCCGCCGGGUUUAGCCCGCAAAAUCCGUUAACUUAACGGGUUUUUAUCGGGUCGGCCCGUUAAAAACCCGGUCCGUUAACAACCCGCACCGUACCCGCACUAUACCCGCACCGUUAGCCCAAAACUUUUGCCCGUGGCGAUUGCACUCGGAGUCCGCUCUUGUUGAAUGCGCUGGGUUUCCACCGAUUUGCAGGGCUUCCCCUCAUCUCUCACUCCCGUCUGUUGGUUUCCUCGAUCUUGAUUCUCUUUCCCUCUUUGCUUGUUCAACCAAAACCGAUUUCUAAAUUCGGACAUUCAUGGGAACCCCAAAGAGGAAGAAGAAGCAGACCCCAGAGACCCAAUUCCACUCUUCCCUCACUUUCUGCUCAAAGAACAAGGACUUAAGCAGCGCAAUCUCGCUGUAUGAAUCCGCUGUUUCGCAGAAUACGCGGCUCAACCAGCACCAUUUUAACACCCUACUCUACCUUUGCUCUAACUCUGUCACCGACCCGUCCCUGAAGCAAUUGGCCUUGGAAUAUGGCUUCCGCGUGUUUGAUCACAUGUCGUUGAUCGAAGUCCUCCCCAACGAGGCCACGAUCACCGCUGUUGCUCGGCUCGCUGCGGCGAAAGGUGAUGGUGAUUAUGCUUUUGAGCUGGUGAAGGGUAUGGAGAAGUAUAGUGUAUUGCCGAGGUUGCGCACUUGCGAUCCGGCAUUGUUUUGCUUUUGCGAGAAACUGGAGGCUGAUAAGGCGUAUGAGGUGGAAGAGUAUAUGAAUAAGGUGGGAGUGAGUGUAGAAGAGCCUGAGAUUGCAGCCUUAUUAAAGGUGAGUGCAGAGACAGGAAGAGGGGAGAGGGUUUAUGAUUACUUGCACAAGUUGAGGAAUGCUGUGAGGUGUGUUAAUGCAUUGACGGCCAAGAUCAUUGAGGAUUGGUAUCGUGAUGGAAGGGCUAGUGAAGUGGGUGAGGUGAAUUGCGACUCGGGUAGGGUCAAAGAGGCGGUUUUGAGGAAUGGAGGAGGGUGGCAUGGGCAGGGGUGGGUUGGGAAGGGGGAUUGGGCUGUGCAGAGAGCCAAUGUGGAUUCUGACAGCAGGUGUUGCUCCUGUGGUGAGCAUUUGGUUUGUGUUGACAUUGACUGUGCAGAGACAGAUAGGUUUGCGCAGUCUGUUGCUGCUUUGGCAAUGGAAAGGGAGGUUAAGUCGAAUUUCAGUGAGUUUCAGGAUUGGCUGGACAAACAUGCUGAUUAUGAAGCUAUUGUGGAUGGAGCUAAUAUUGGGCUCUACCAGCAGAAUUUUGCAGAAGGUGGAUUCAGUCUUCCUCAGCUUGAUGCUGUUGUGAAAGAAUUGUACAAUAGAAGUGGAGAGAAAUGGCCACUUGUUGUCUUGCAUAAUAGACGUUUUCGGUCACUUGUGGAAAACCCUUCCCACAGAAAAGUGGUUGAGGAGUGGAUGGAUAAAGGUUUUCUUUAUACCACACCAAGUGGCUCAAAUGAUGACUGGUAUUGGCUUUAUGCUGCUGUGAAACUCAAGUGCUUGCUCAUUACAAAUGAUGAAAUGCGAGAUCAUAUAUUUGAACUUCUAGGAAGCAGCUUCUUUCUUAAGUGGAAAGAGAGGCAUCAAGUACGAUAUACUUUUGUUAAAGGCAAUCUGAAACUUCAGACCCAACCCCCAUAUUCUUCAGUGAUCCAGGAAUCAGAAAGCGGAUCAUGGCAUGUACCUGUAGCAGAUGACAGCUGUGAGGAGCCAGCGAGAACCUGGCUCUGCAUUACCCGGUCAAGUGCCUCUAAAGCUUCUAGUGGAGCUUUGCUAUCUCAAAAUGCGUUUCUGAACUCUUGCACAUCUGAGUUAGUUACCAGUCACAACGAUAAAACCACAACUAAGACGGGUAAAAGAAAAGAGAGGUCCCCAUCUCCUUCCCACCUAAUGACUUAACUCUUCCACCUGCUUAGUACCAUUUGGAGGUGCGCUCUUUGUAAUUCUAGUUAUGGGGCUCAUAUCUGGUGGAGAUGGUUGUGGCUAAUAGGAGGCUGGUCAGGAGCAGCGGGAUCACCUAUUAUAACAACGGCCUAAUCUGUCUGCAACACACCCCAACUUUCCCUGUAUGUCUCUGUUAUGUUGUAACAUACUGCAACUUUUGUAGUACACGUCAUUCUUUAUAGUCAGCUUAACAAAAUAAAAAGAAAAGAAAAAUUGAAGCUUUA